ACCUGUAAUCGUGAGCCCCCUUUGAUGGUGCUGAUAGGGUGAGAACAGAGGAGGGGGAUGCGGGCAGAGCUGUCCAGCCAUUGGUGGGCAGUGAAAGCCCCAGUGUAAGGAGAGAAAAAGAAAAAGGACAGAUUUCUGGACUAAGUCUCUGGGAGAGGGAGGACCAGGAGGAAUAAGCAUUAGGAUCUGAUGUUUUCUCUCGGUAGAUUAAAUCCCCUUUACUGACACGUUUCCUCCCUCAGAACUUUUACCAUCAUCCUUUCUUAUUUCUGCAUUCAUUCUUUCCAGGGCUUUUUACAAGUUCACUAGAACUGAAUUCUCCUUCUACAUGAUUCACCUCCUUCCCUGUCUUCUCAUUGUCUGGUAGAACCUUCGCGUUUCACCCAGUUGGGUCUUGUAGUUGGAUCUCCAGGUGUCCAUCUUCUGCAGGUCACCUCUCUUCAGCCUUGAAGUUCUAUCUCUAGUUCUCUCUUCUUUUCAUCCUUCUACAGGUUCUCUUUGUCUUCCUCUUGUCUUCUCCCUUCUUUGAUGUUCAGCCUCUUCAACCUUUUCUUGAGAAUUAACUCUUGUCUUUCCAUCUUAUUGUCUUCGACCUUCGUAAACUCAGUAUUAAGUUGUAUCAGCCUCAACUUUGGAAGUUCUUUUUCGUCUUCUGUGCUUCACCCCGCUCAUCAUCUGUCUUCUCGUAUAUGUCUUUCCUACAUUCUCUGUUAGAUUUGGUUUCAUCCUUGUCUUGAGCUUUAACUCUCUGCAGUCCAUUCUUUUGCUUGCUCUCUCUUCUUGAUCCUUCUCUAGGGUGUUAACUAUUCACAUUCCAUUCUUCUCCUUUGUAUACUUCAGUAUUAACUCUAGACAUUGGCGUAAUCUUUCUGUAUUAACCCUUUCUAGUCAAUUCUUCCACACGUUCUCAAUCUAUUCUUCAGCCUAACACAAAUCCUGUCUUCCUUGCAUUACUACGGAUACAACUGUUCUUGUGUCUUGGAUCUCUCUGCAUUCUUGAUCUGCUAUUCCUGUAAGUUCUCUUUAGCUGUCAUCGUCUUCAUCUUGCUGCCAACCCUUCUCUCUGACUACUGUAUGAAUUUGCACUAUGGCUCCUGUCUCUAUGACCUUACUCCUCUGGUUGGCUGGACAUUCUUGUCUCUGGCACCUGGCACAACAAGCUGAAGGGGACUCAGAUGUUCCAAUAGAAAAUGAUAUAUUGGUUUCUAAGAUCUAUGUAUCACUUCGCGACUCGAAGAAUUCCACAACCCAAUGGAUCAAUAAUAGGACGACUCAUCCCAAUCCUGGUGGGAAUAAGAAGAAACUCAUAUUGAAAAGAGUGACUAAAAAGAGAAAGUCACAUCAGAAAGGACUUCAGGAUGUAAGUUCCAAUCACUGUGGAGAGAAGUGUUGCCCCGGAUGGAGUAUGGCCCCAAAAACUGGCACAUGUACAAGAGCUAUAUGUACCCCAAAAUGUAAAAACAGGGGUGUUUGCAGGAAACCCCAGGAAUGUGUAUGUAAGGUCGGCUUUGAAGGGUCUCAUUGUGAAAGAAGAAGAACGCCACCUCUGACUACCAACCCAACACCUCUUGGAGGGGUGUCUAUUUCUACUCGUCCAUCUGCCAGUAUAAGAAGAGAUGCAGCAGCUAUAGCAGGAGAUCUCGGCUUCGUAACAUUAUCUCCCAUACACUUCAGCUCUCCUCCUCAAACCUCUUUGAGGUCUUCUAUAGACACCAAGGACCCCACCGGCCCUGUGCCCACCAUCACCGCCCUGAAGCCUGGAGACAACCAGAUGGUCAACUAUUCGGCUAAGAACGGCACAUCCCUAAACUGGCAGCCACUGACUGUACAGGAGCUUCAGUCAAUUCUGCAGAGGAAAGGCUUUGCAAAAGAGGACAAGAUGACCGCCUUAUUGGCAAAGCACCUUGAAACGCAAAAGAGCCAGACAACCAAAGAAAGCUGGAAGGAGAGACGUCGGAUACCUAAUAGUAUUCGGACAGCUAGAGGGGAAUACAAUAUUCUGCGACAGAUCCAGACUAAUGCCUCCGGACAGGUGGAGAAGGUGAGAGUGAUGUUCACCCCUAUGAUAUGUCGAGUGCACUGCGUGGGCGACCGAUGCACUAACCAGUGUGAGAAGGGGAACAUGACCACCGUCUACAGUGAUGAAUUGUCCAGGAACAACAGAGAGCAUGGAUUCCGAGCCUUUCUUUGUCCACUACUGUGUCAAAAUGGAGGAAUAUGCAUUAAAAAGGACACGUGCCUCUGCCCCCCAAGCUUCACGGGGAAGUUCUGCCAGAUUCCCGUAUCCACCGGUGAACGGGUUGUUGCGUACACAAUCAGAAACAGUAGCGUGGAACAGAAUGUGAUGAGUAAAUCAUCUGUGUACACAUUACCUCUGUCCAACCAUCAGCCAGAGAAAGACGGAGGAGCAUCCAUUGUUAAAGUCCAUGUACAGCACCCUCCAGAGGCCUCAGUCAACAUCCAUCAGGUGGAACGUGUGGACGGCCGGGAUGGCCUUGCCAAUGCCGACCGUAGGGACUACUCCCGCUGGCAGGAGAACAGGGUCCCUGUGUACAGAGUACAGGCUCAGAGCAGCCCCAGAAUCAAUGGCUACACUGAAAACUCCGGCUAUGGGUACUGCUACAGAGUACUUGAAAAUGGUCAGUGUGGUUCCCCUUUUCCUGGCCUAAGGACUCAGGAGGUCUGCUGCCGGGGGUCUGGAGUGGCCUGGGGUGUCCAUGACUGUACACCCUGCACUGGAGAUGCUUCACUGGGAAGUCUUCCGCAAUCACCUUGCCCUAAGGGUUUUGAAAGAAUCAAUGGAACAUGUAUAGACAUAGACGAGUGUAAGGAUCCGGCUUUGUGUCAGAAUGGCGACUGCACCAACACUAGAGGAAGCUUUUCCUGUCUGUGCAAGGAAGGAUAUCUUCUCGACUCCUCAAGGAGCAGCUGUAUCUCUCAUCAUGUGAUCUCAGAAGCCAAAGGUCCCUGUUUCAGGAUCUUGCGGGACGGGGGUUGUUCCCUUCCGAUCCUUAGGAAUAUCACCAAACAGAUUUGUUGCUGCAGUCGUGUAGGGAAAGCUUGGGGCAAAGGAUGUGAAAGCUGUCCUCCCUUUGGCACAGAUGGAUUCAAAGAGACAUGCCCUGCUGGACCAGGAUACCAUUACUCAGCUUCAGACUUGAGGAUUAACCAUCGCUUUGUUGGUCAAGAUCAGGGAAGAGUUCCUGUCCUGCGUCAGCCUGGAUCCAGAAUUCUGACCACAACUACUUCCGCGCCCCCACACAGACCUGUUACAAGUCGUUUCAGUUUGGAAGAGAGAAGACCGGAGAACGAUCAGACCCGGGGUCGCGUUCCACCACAAAGCCCAGAUAGGACACCGAUACAGAUUAACAGGUCACCUAUUAUUAUACAAAGACUUCUCCCCACUCGGUCACCACCACAAGUGGAACGUGUUGAGACUGGAGUGGAGUCUCCCCCACAAGAAACCAACUUGUGUGAACUGAACCCUCAGAUCUGUGGUCCUGGACGCUGCGAGCCACGUCCGGGCAGCUACACCUGUGUGUGCAACAAUGGAUACUGGUUGAGCACCCAGGGCACCCAUUGUAUAGAUAUGGAUGAAUGUCGACAAAGACCAAGUCCUUGUACCAAUGGGCGCUGUGAAAAUACAGUGGGCAGUUAUCGAUGCGCCUGCUCUGCCGGUUUUAGCACCAACCCACAAGGCACCGAGUGUACAGACAUUGAUGAAUGUAACAGUGGACAACAACUCUGUACCAAUGGGCGAUGUGAAAAUACUCCUGGCAGCUACCGCUGUGUCUGCCCAUCAGGCUUUAGUCUUAAUGCUCAAGGCAACACGUGUGUAGACAUUGAUGAGUGUCGCCUGACUCCCAGACGCCUGUGUUUGAAUGGUCGAUGUGAGAACACCCCUGGAAGUUACCGAUGUGUGUGUCCUGCUGGGUUUACUGCCACCCCUCAGGGCACUGAUUGUCAAGAUAUAGAUGAAUGUCGCCAGACACCACGUCCUUGUGGAUCUGGAAGAUGCCUUAACACUCCUGGCAGUUUCCGCUGUUCUUGUCCAACUGGCUACAGACUGACCCCGCAAGGCAGCGACUGCAUUGAUAUCAAUGAGUGUGAGAAUCCGGGAGCCUGUGCGGGUCAAGAGUGUGUCAACACACCUGGGUCCUUCCAAUGCAGACAAUGCCAGGCUGGAUACAGACUCCAGAACCGCCGCUGUGUGGAUAUCAAUGAGUGCCUGACUGAGUCUUCAUGUGGGCGUAAUGGAAGGUGUAUCAACACUGAUGGCUCUUACCAAUGUGAAUGUGCACCAGGAUUCAGGCUGAGCAGUGACAGAACCCAGUGCACAGAUAUUAAUGAAUGUCUAGAAGGAGACUUCUGUUUCCCUCGUGGCGAGUGCCAGAACACAGAAGGUUCUUACAGAUGUGUAUGUGCGGAGGGAUAUGCUACUUCCCCCGAUGGUUCAUCAUGUGUUGAUAAGGAUGAAUGUCAGACAGGCACCUUCUGCCAAGGAGGGCGCUGCACCAACACAAUGGGAUCCUUCCAAUGCGUUUGUCCAACUGGGUUAAGAGCCAGUCCUGACAACACCAACUGUAUAGAUAUUGAUGAAUGCCAGGAGCGAGGAGCAGCCAUCUGCGGGACACAAACCUGUGAAAAUACACUUGGGUCUUAUAGGUGUAUUGCAUCCUGCGAUAGUGGAUAUAGAGUAACAAGCUCCGGUGACUGUGCAGAUGUCAAUGAAUGUGCAAAUAACUCGACAAUCUGUGGAGACAAUGCAGUUUGUGAGAACCUUAUUGGCUCCUACCGAUGUACAUGCAGCUGGGGUCAUGAGUUGAUUAGCGAGGGCCAGCAUUGCAUAGAUAUAGAUGAGUGUUUGGAAUAUGGAGAUUCAUUAUGUGGAUCAAUGAGAUGUCAGAACACACCAGGAUCCUACAAAUGCAUCAGUGACUGCGAGCCCGGGUAUCAGCUGUCUACGUCUGGAGACUGUACUGAUAUCAACGAAUGUCUAAAUAAGACAGUCUGCGGGGAGCAUGCCUUGUGCCUCAAUCUAGUGGGAGCCUACCAAUGCCUGUGUGACCAGGGCUAUGAGGGGGAGAGGGUCGAUCAGCACUGUGUGGAUGUCGAUGAGUGCAUGACAUUACAAGGAGUAUGCGGCACAGCCCUGUGUGAGAACGUGGAGGGAUCCUUCCUCUGCAUCUGCCCUAACAGCAAUGAAGAGUUCGACCCAAUGUUUGGAAAAUGUAUACGGACACCAUCUGCCGCCCGUCAUGCAUAUCCCAGCAAUACUGCCUUAACCAGGGUAGAGUUUGUGUCUACUCCAGGACUCAAGGAAUGUUAUUACAAUCUGGAAGACCCCAAUGUUUGUGAGAAUGUGCUUUCUAGGAAUGUCAGCCAGGUGGAAUGUUGCUGUACUGUUGGCAAAGGAUGGGGACAAGCAUGCCAAAUCCAGAGAUGCCCCAGCAUGGAAUCUGCCGAAUACCGAAGGCUGUGUCCUUUGGGAGUGGGUUAUAUCACGUCUGCCCAAGAAAGCAAAGAUAUUGAUGAAUGCAAGCUUUUCGGGUCGGAACUGUGCAAAGGAGGUGUAUGUCUUAACAAGGAUCCGCUGUUUGCCUGCUACUGUUCUAAUGGCUACUACUACGAUGUCCAUCACCUGGAGUGUGUAGAUAAUGAUGAAUGCCAGGAGGAAGAAGCAUGUGAGGGAGGGAACUGUAUAAAUACUGUGGGGUCCUAUUUCUGCACAUGUAAUCCCCCCCUGGUCCUGGAUUCAUCGCUGAGGAGAUGCGUCACCAACACAAGCCAGGCUAUAGAAAAUACCGUAGCCUUGUGCUGGAGAACAGUUGGAGCAGACCUGGUGUGUAAGCGCCCCCUAGUGGACAGGCAGACAACAUACACAGAAUGUUGCUGCCUGUACGGGGAAGCCUGGGGCAUGAAUUGCGCACUUUGCCCAGCCAGAGACUCAGAUGAUUUUGAGACUCUCUGCAAUGGCCUGAGAUCUCCCGGAUAUGGCAGCCCAGGACCCCAACCUGUUGACCCUUAUGAAUAUGGAUCAGAAUACGGUCCAGGAUACGGAGUCCCAUAUGGAGCUGACUCUUUCGCUAACCCCGCUCCUGGUAUAGUCAGACCUGGAUAUGAAGCCUACCCUGCACCUCCUGGAAUAGGGUUUGGUUCCCGUCCACAGCCACCCUACGGUCCACGAGACUCUGUGUACAGCCUCCCUCCAUUCGAGUCCCCAGACUUUGAUUCUGAUAUUUCAUAUCCGGAUACAGAUUUAGAUGAGGCCAGACCACCUUUCCGGAGACCAGAAACGUACGAUCCCAGACUGCGACCAUCGCCGCCACGUACCAGACCUAGAAGCCCUGGCUCUACUGGGGUUGGAUUAGAGGAUGGACGAAGGACACAGCCAUGGAGGCCUGGAAGUCCUGAGGCAGAUGGGCUCUCCAGCUGGAGGGGAGGACUGAGAGAAGCAUAUGAUGACCGAUAUGAGCAAUUCGAGGGGCUCCAAGCUGAAGAGUGCGGGAUCCUCAAUGGCUGUGACAAUGGUCGAUGUAUCAGAGUCCCAGAAGGUUAUACCUGUGACUGUUAUGAUGGCUACAGAUUGGACAUGACAAGAAUGGCGUGCGUGGAUAUAAACGAAUGUGAUGAAGCCGAGGAUCUCACUCUGCUGUGUCUGAACGGGCAAUGCCGUAACACUGAGGGAUCCUAUGAGUGCAUCUGUCCCCGCGGCUUCGUCCGGUCCCGACAACACAACUACUGUGUACCCUCCCAGGAAUAAAUUUCCCAGAGUCCAUUCCUUGGAGAACCAAAGACUUCCUGCCAUGGCUAGUCUAUGUCCACAUCAUUGCGUGCGGGCGGAGGGGUGAGGGGGGGCUUGCGUGAAAGACAGGAGGGAGAUAUUUAUUUUUCUGUAUAUAUUGCCAAAUGUUUAAUGGUCUCUUUUAGUGCAGUCAGUCGUGGGCAACCCUUGAGAGUGUUAUAUGGGUAUAAUCUUCAUCUGUGUAUUAUACUUUUUUGGGCAUACGAGGCACAAGUGGCAUUUGCUUAUUUCUUAAAGCACAUUGGGAACGGAAGCAAUGACUCUUUUUUUUUUUUAAUGUUUUUAUGUCAGUAGUUAGAAAGCAUCUAUAGGGUCGGAAUAAGGGUUCAGAAAUGAGAGAGUCCUUCAGAGCAUUGACCUGGAGGUCAUUGAAGCUGAAGGUUAAAGAGGUACUCCAGGGUAGAAAAAUCUAUCCCCUAUCCUAAGUUUCAGAUUGCGGGAGUCUAACUGUUCGAUCCCCCACGAUCUCCCGCGCACGGCACCCUGGCUCCCUGCAUGAAAAGAGAUGCUUUGACACUAGAGAUGAGCGAACUUACAGUAAAUUUGAUUUGU